CACUACAAUCAAACACAGACAAUAUUAUCAACACCCAAUAAUAAUAAUCAUAAAAAUAAAAAAAAAAUAUGUCAGCAACAACAACGAGAAGAACAACAACAGAACAACAAGAAGACUGUGAUGACUUGGAUCUUCUUCUUUCGCUUGAUGAUCGGGUUCUCGAAACCCCGCCUUCUUCCCCUCCAGGAUACCUAUCUGAUGAUGGAUCAACCAGGCAGAGGGGACAAGCAAACAUGUCUGUCUUCAGGACUGCUGUUGAAGAUUGUCUUGAUUACAAGCCUGAAACCUCCAAGAAGAAUCCCAUUUCUAGCCGUGGGAAGACCUCAAAUAAUGAUGAGAAUGUUGAAAAGUUCUCGGGUUUGAGAAUCCGGAACCAGUUGGUGUCACGGGAAGAAUUGAGUGAUCGCUUUGCAGAUAUUCGUUUUGUUCGCUUAUCAACAAUAAAGAAUCUUAUAUCAGGGGAUACACUUUCUGGUUGUUGGGCAACUGCGGGAGUUUUAUGUGGAAAGGGUGAAAAAAGGAUGAGUACUACAGGAAAGCCCUACUCGAUAUGGGAGAUAGGGUGUUUAAAUGAGAAAACCAUUUCUCUUUUCUUGUUUGGAAAUGCCUAUCAGAAGAACUGCAAUGAAGAAGUUGGAACAGUAUAUGCCCUCUUUAAUUGCAAUGCCAGGAUGAACCCAAAAUCGAAAGAAGGGUUUACUUUGACUGUUUUUUCUGCUCCACAAAUGUUAAAAAUGGGAACUUCUGCCGAUUUUGGACGCUGCAAGUCUUGUUCAUUAGUUAUCAACAAGCGUUCGGGAAUAUACUGCAAGUCCCAUAAAAAGAAUGCAUCAGAAAAAUAUUCAAGUAAAAGAGCGGAGUUCAUGGGAGGGAAUCUAAGGACAGCCUUCAACUUCAGAGAUAAAAUGCAAUCAGAAGGCAUCUACAUGGUUGACAACCAGAAAAAUGUAGCAAAGCCUGGACAGCCAAAGAAAGUUCUGUCCGUGGAGGGAUUACGAAAGGCGUUAAGUAAUGCAGGAAAUGUGACAAAUAAUGCUUACUCGCAAGGCAUAAGAUUUCUAUCUGAAGUUGCAGGGAAACCAAAUGCAAGUCUUAACCAACCAAAUAAGAGCUCAGAUAAAAGAAAAUCAUCGGUUGUGGGGUCAAACAUGCCUGAAGUCAAAACAAGUCAACAAGUUAAUGCAAAGAGAGUAAAAAUUGAGAAAGGUCAAACGUCUGCAGAAAAAGUCAAACAAGGUUCAGGCAAGAUGGUUGAGUUAGAACUUAUUAGUUCAGAUGAUGAGUUUUAAGUCUUUAUUUAUACAUGGUAUUUCAAAAGCUUAUUAUCAAGUAUUGUAGUCCAUUGGAGAACAAGAGAUCCAACAUGAAGUUUUUGUAUCGUUGGAGCUGAUAAAACUGCAAAUUUUAAUUUGCAUUC